UUCUCACAUGACAAAGAAGUCUGCUUAGGUUGCGAUUCUCAGAGCCGAUCUUUGUACCAGGAAAAGAGUAAGAAAGAGGUAUUCCCCCUCAAUUAAUAUUAUAGAACUGCAGAAAACCUCGUUUGCUGCCAAAGACUGGUAGACAGUCAACAUUUGAUUGUUUUAAUGCUCUCGUAUAUUUCAGUAAUAGUAAUUAAUAUUUUUUCCUUCGCUGAUCAGAAGUAAGGAACUCCAUGAUCUUCUAGACUCAACCACCCUCCAAGCCAGUCAUCAAAGGCGGUAUGUAGGGCUGUUCGGCUCGCUUUAGCUUAUUUGUAUAUCCUUUCCUCGUGACCAGCGAAAUGUAGGACCUUCAGUUUCAAGAGUGGUUUGUUUUGAUGUAGACGCGCGUGUCAUUUCGUUUAGGCGACGGUCACAGUAGCUGACGAGAAAAUAGAGGAUUGUAAAUUUUUCUUUGUUCUAAUUUUGUUUAUUAAGAUGCUGAAUUGUUUAAGGGAUCGAAGGGACGGGAGCUUUGAAUGACCCGCAGGUAGACAAAAUGAUAUUUGCUUUUGCCUCCUGGUAGAGAAAGUCAGCUACCACUGUACAGUGUGUAAUACCCACUUGUAAGAGGAAGUGAAAGCUUUAUUUGCACAUAUUGAACGCAAUGAAAUUAACAUUUUACUCUUUAAUCAAGAUCAAGAAAAUUAACUACACUCCUUUCUAUUAUUCAGUUUAUUUAUACGUUCAUGUACGUGUGGGAAUUUCUCUUGUCUCAAAAUAACUGCAGAACAAAUUAUUUAAUGGAUUUUUUUACCUGAACGCCCUUCCUUCCCUAGAAAAAUUGAUUGCCCUACUUGGACAAGAUGAAGAGAAAUAGCAACACUACUUUCAGGCAUUACAUUCAUUUUAUGUCUGUGUGAUUGUUUUGUUUUUCAAAUCACUACACAACAUUAUUUAAUGUAUAUUUUGACCCACACAUUCUUCUUUUCACCCAUUAACUCCCAAGAUCUGGUUGCUAAUCCUCCCUUCCAACUGCUACGCAUUUCCCUCUAAAUAAGCUACAAGAAUUUGGCGUAAGAUCCAGAUAACAACUUCUACCUGAUAAGUUUCAGUAUUCUCAUACAUGUUCAAAUGGUGGAUAAUGUUUGGAUAUUAUAAGGAAAGGUUACAUGUUAAUCCCUUUUGGGAGUUAAAGGGUAAAAACUCCUAAAUCUGCAUACAGCUGCCUAUUCAUGCUAAAAAAUAAUCUUUCUCAGGUCUUUGUUCCUCUAUCACAUUCUAUGCUUAGUUUCUGUCUCAGUCUACUCUUAAUAUACAAACAUGUAAGACUGCUAUGUAUAGAAGCAACUUUUGAAUCUUUAAAUUUUAAAUGUCUGCCAUAUGCAAAGACAGCUGAGCUUUUAGCUGCAAAGCACUGUGAACUCUAGAAAGUAUAACUAUAUUGUAACUCAUUAAGCCGAGAAAAAGUGAUAUCUAUACCCCAGUAAUAUGUCAGGCACUACAAGCAGGGUGCAGGGUGAUAAUAAUGGCUAACUAGAUGUGCAACUUUAGGAGGAAUGGAAUACAUUGAAACACAGUUAACAUUGUCAAAAUGGAUUGUAGCUAUAAAAUUUGGCUGGAUCUACAAAGUAAACCUUUACACCCUAACAUCAGUAUCUAUGUUCUCUAUACCCUUCUUGAUACAUUUCCUUUCGUACUGACAGGAGAAUUUGGGUAAUAAUCAAAGCUUUUAUGGUUGAAAAUCAUUUUCUUUUUUUUUUGUGAUCUUGAUGAAUGAUUUAGCAAUAUUACUAUUAAGAGAAAUUACAUUCUGGUUUACAGGGUUAAGGCACUUAAAGUCUGCUGUUUAUAUUGCAGAAAUGGUGCCAUUGCUGAUCUGACUCUUCAACAUGUCACUAGAAGCAAGUGCUGAAGAUGUGAAUUCUCCACUUAUCUCAGGUGACAACAGAAGCCCUUCAGCUCCCACAGAGUACAGGGCUAAUGCUCCAGUUAGUAAUUGUCGACUGGGGCGUCGCCAAAAGAUCCUCGUCACCAGCUGCAUUCUUCUCACAGAGUUAUGUGAACGUUUGACCUUCUAUGGAUUGACGGCUAACUUGCUGUUAUUUGCUAGCAAUGAAUUAAAUCUUAAAUCACCCUGGCCAUCCACUAUUAGUUAUUUGUUUCAAGGUUAGUAGGAAUUCUUAUGCAUAUCUGAAUGUAGUGUCAAAAUAAAAUUAAUUGCUGGUAAAAGUGUAUGUUCAUAAAAGAAAGAAUGGUUUAGUUGAUGUGUGAUAUGUACUCCAUGAACUGGUAAUAGUAUAAACUGUAAUCAAUCUCUAGUACCAUUGGUUACUUUGUGAUUAUAUCUGGGCUUAGUUUUAAGAGUCCACCUGCAUUGAUAAGUUAGCAGUACUCACCACUCAGUAUGGCAGAGGUGCUGAGAGGUUUAAAGUGUUGGGAGCUACUUGUCUAAGCUACAUGUGCACCUAAAUUUUCCAAAACAAUUUUUAAUCAGCUCUUCAAAUGAAAAAAUUCCCACCCCCCUUCCUCCCCAUGUUUCACUGCCUAUGUAUAGGCUGGUCAACCCUUUUUUAUUGGAAGAGUUACCAAGUGAGAACUUACAUGUAUGCUACUUGUAAUGUGACUAUGCUGUCACUGAUUGAUGAUUCAAUCCAUGUGAAACUUCAACACCCCCCCCCCCUCGGGCUACCCAGGCAUUUGAAAUUUGAACUUCUUAAGAUUGGCAUGUCCAAACUCAAAACUGUGUUCAAAUGCCCCUCCUAAUUUUUUUGUUAAAGGCAAAAUCAGCAACCAUGAUUUUCUAGACAUUGACCAAGAUUUAAAACCUUCACUUUUCCAGCUCAAAUUACCCACCCCAGCCAGGCAGGGUUCAAAUUCCCCACCUCUGAACACACAUGCAGAUGACAGUCAAAAACCGGUGGGUUGCCUGAGGGGGGGGGGAUGUUGAAACUUUGAAUUGAUUGGCUGAUUACAAAGAUUAUAGGAAGAAUGACAAAUAUCAUUUGGAGAUAUUUGAUUAUAUACCAUCACCUCAAAAGCUUAAAUUGUAUAAUACAUUCAGCGGACAGUGGUAAGAUCUUUGGAGUGAGUGCUGAGCCACAAUUAUCUCCUACAAAAAUAUUUAGUUUUGCCUGAAAUUUGAUGGACAUGUUUUGUAAUGGCUAUCUUUAUUAAACAUUAUUUUGGCAUGCAAAUGCUAUUUAAAUCAUAAUUUGUAUAACAAGGUAACUAGUUAAAAUUCCAUUCUGACCACUUUAUCAAAGUUAUUUUGUGAUCAGAUGUUCUCCAUGUGUAUCAUGUCAUAAAUGUUAUUGAGGAAACUCUCAUGAGUGUUAUGAGUGUUUUGUGACAAUUUAUUAUUUAAUUUACAGCAACCAAACCUAAUUUAAUAAAAUCAAAAGCAAGUUUCUGGGAAUGGUUAGUUUCCAUGAAUAAACCAUGAACAGAAGAAACAUUUUUUUCGAUUGUAUUGAGGAGAAAAUUCUUCUUCUUUAUAACAGGGAUAUAAUUUUAGUCUUGAUGUUUUCCCACUCUCUAGGAACAUGUUACCUUGUACCUUUGUUAGGAGGAUGGUUGGCAGACACCUACUUGGGUAGAUUCAACACCAUUUAUGGAAGUUCGUUAUUGUAUGUUGUGGGAACUUUACUUUUAGCUGUUGUUUCCCUGAAAAAUGACAUGCUCAAAGAACUGGGCAAAAAUGCGGCUCAUGAUAGAACAGCAAGAUUGGUGUAUUUUGUGUUGGCUCUGGUAAUGAUAGCAUUUGGGACAGGGGGAAUCAAAGCUAAUGUGUCACCUUUUGGGGCAGAUCAGGUUCAACAGGAUGGUCCCAGAGCUAUCCAGGCUUUCUUUAACUGGUUUUACUGGUUUAUCAAUAUUGGAUCAUUGAUAGCUUUUACUGUUGUUGUGUGGAUUCAGCAGAAUAAAUUUUUCUAUGGCUAUGCUAUCACUGCAGGGACCAUGUUCCUUGCGGUUCUCGCAUUUCUUGCGGGUCGCAACAAGUACUUAACAAAGCCACCUGGAGGUAGCCAGCUGACUGAAAUUACAAAAAUAUUGUGUGAGGCAAGGCGAAAUCGCAAACAGAACACUGGUGGUUGGCUUGAUGGAGCAAAGAGCACUUUUGGAGGAAAAUUUACACGUGCUCAGGUUGAAGAUGUCAAGUCACUCCUGAGAGUCAUUGCAGUGUUCUUUCUCUUUAUUCUUUACUGGACAAUUUAUUUUCAGGUUAGUUUUGGUGUAAGGUUUCUUUUAAUUCCAUGUAGGUUGGGUGUGGCAAGGAUUUAUUGCCUCUCCCAGGUACACACCAAAAACAUCAUUGAAGAAUUCUUAGCCAUUCAGUACCUGCUUUCUUGUCCUGUCCCUGCCCUUCCUUAUAUCGAAUUGCUUUAUGAAGCUCUCCUAACCUUUUAACUGCCAAAAGUGAUCAACAUGUGCUUGACGAAGACUAGCAGUAUAGUGGUCAAAAGGUCCCUCAUCAAUACACAAUUGAUUAGCUUGUAUCUUACAUUGUCUUACAAACAAUUGAAAGUUGAUUUAAUAUAUACUUAACUACAAAGAACCUCAACAUUUUCUAUAGCAGUUUAACAGUUGAAUGACUCUCUCAAUUGGACAGUUGCAAUCAUUGUAUAGACAAAUUUUGAAGAUGCUAGUAAUAUUGCCUUAUCCACACUUAUCCUUAUUUUACUUGAACUUUUUUAGUUUCAAUUUAAAUACACACAUAUAUAUUUUGUUGCCUUUCCCAGAUGCAGACCACUUUCCUUAUCCAAGCUACCUUCAUGAAACUGAAAUUCCCGCACUUUACUGUACCAGCAGCUUCUUUGUCCAUUUUUGAUACUGUUGCAGUUCUUGCAUUUAUUCCUCUUGUGGAUAACAUUUUGUAUCCUUUUGUGCGUUACCUUGGCUUUAACUUCACUCCUCUGCGACGUAUUGGCGUGGGUAUGUUGCUGGCAGCAGCUUCUGUGGCAGUAGCAGGAGUGAUUGAAAUCGAACGAAGAAAGAAAUGGGUGGAUGAUGGCCCUUGUCCGCAAAACGUUUUGGGCGAUAAACACAAUGCUUCAUGUUUAAGUGUAUUUUGGCAAGUCCCCCAGUUUGCAUUGAUUGGUGCCAGUGAAGUUUUUACAAGUAUUGCAGGUAUGCAGAAGUCACACAGGGAAGCAAACAGUCUUUCAAAAGUUUUUAAAGAAUUUCUUUUAAUCAAAGUUGUACUAAACCCCUCAAUUCCUAAGAUGUGAUAAGAAAUAUUUCUCUCCCUGACCAGUAAGAGAUCUUCCUUUAAAUUAAUUUGGAGCAUAUUGCUGGCAUUUGAUCUAAAUUGCGACUGAAUGUAAUUAUUAUGUCCCUGUUAAACCAUGGUAGUAACCUAUUGGGAUCCUAAAUUUUCAAGCUUUUCACCCAAUACAUUGAAACUCUACCCUUAAAAGUUGAUUUAAGUCAGGAGACCAUUUUGCUAUUUUACAGAUCGUGAAGUACAUAAUGAACAUUUUGUUCAGGAGAUAGCUCUGAAAAGUCAAAAUCCAGUUUUGAUGGCCCAUUUCAUCUCUCAAAAUUGAUGAUGUCUGCAAACACAUAUCUGAGCAUGCUUUAAUUCACAGUAACCCACCAAUCAAAUCAAAGCUUCAACAUCCCUCCCUACCCCACAAGCAUAUGAUGGUCGUCCAUAUCAAGGGGAGAGGGUGAAAUUUGAACCUUGUUGUCUGGCUAGGGUGAGAAAUCUAAACCACAAGUUUCAAUUCUUUCUAGCAGAAAAAAAGUGUCAUACAUUUGUAUCUUUGAAGAGGUAGGAGGUAAAUAGGUCGGUUUCCUAAGAGAAUGACUUAGAAGAAAAGGUCUACAAUGUCUAGGUUUUAAUCCUCGGGUAAUUUUUAGAAAAAAGUUCCCAGGCAUUCCCAACAAAUUGGGUGUGGCAUUUGAACACAAUUUUUGCCAGGUGGGUAGGAAUUUGAGGGAAUUACGGCCACUUCGUUCCAUGACCACUUCGUUCCAAACCACUUCGUUCCAUCCUUCGGUCACUUCGUUCCACCAAGUAGUCACUUCGUUCCAAAGAAUAGUCACUUCGUUCCAAGUGUAAACUAAGCGUGUAAACUACCAAUCUAAGAUUUUUUAGAGAAUUCGAAGUAAAUGAAUGUUAAGUUUGCUUUGCAUUUGCAUAACGAACGAGUAACUCCGCCAUCUUGAAUUGUUAUAGAACUCAGUCUUUCGCGCUUUCGCAUUUUCAUUGUUUAUGUAAAUAAUUGUUAUUAAUUAUCUACUUUACGUAGGUUUCUCCUGUUGGUCAUUGCUUUCAUUUAUAUAGUGGCUCCUAAAGGAGCCGUUUUUUUUUUGUUUGGUAUACUUUAUUAACUUAUUUUUACAAUUCUACUGGUCCAUUAAGAUAAGAGCAGGCCUUCAGAAGUCGUCUGGCUGACCUUUCCCCGGCCUCGUACUGGUCCCACAGCUCAAAUAUUCUCUGCUGUAGCACCCUAUACUUUCGUCACUGGAUUCGUCGCAGCUUCCUCUCUGAUACCAGGCGGAUCUGGAUCGCUGUCAGUUUCACUUCCCUGUAAAGAAUAGUAAAGUAAAAGCAGUAAAAAAGUAAAGCGAUGUUGAAAUAAUGAAAUCAAGGUUUACUUUGGUCUGGUUGCUAUGAUCAACGUGUAUACGUAUAGUUGUUUCUACUAUUGGAACGAAGUGACUACUUGGUGGAACGAAGUGACCAAAGGAUGGAACGAAGUGGUUUGGAACGAAGUGGCCAUGGAACGAAGUGACUGGAUACCAUUUGAGGAAACCAAUCUUUUAAAGUUUAAUUCUGGGGUGGGGGAGGAGGGUGUUGAAGCUUCAAAUCGAUCAAUGCAUAACACCCAAGCCAACUCACAACCAUCACCUCACAAACUGGCAUAAACCUUUUUCUUCAUAAAGUAUUAUAAUAUUAAUGAUAAGUGUGGUUGACUGCAAUUGUACUUGUUGAUUGCUUGUAAGAAGAGUGUGUUAAAUGAUCCUUAAAUCAGCCCACAUUCAACACAGUCUGAGUUAAUUGCUUUUUCCCUACUGCACUUUAACCCUUUUAUUCCUCCCCUCUAGCUGCUUAACAUUUCCUUGUUAAAGAAUUCUAAGAAUUUGGUGUUAGAUCUAAAUAACAACUUUUACUAGUCAUCAAUAAGUUUGAGUAUGCUCAUUUCCUGUUAGCUGCAAAAUGUUUAGAUAUCUCAAGGAGAAGUUGAAUGUUAAUCAUUUCUGGGAGGUAACCCUUUAACUACCACAAGUGACCAAGACAGACUUUCUCCUUACAAAAUCAAUACAAUAUCAACCAAAUAAGUAAUGAGAAUAAAGGAAAAUAUCAAUUUGGAGAUAAUUAGUUGAUUCAAUACUAAAUUCUCUGAACUAACGUUAUAAGAAUCAUAUGGUUGACAGUAAGGAGAGUUACAAAUUUGAUAUUGGAGUUAAAGGGUUCAUUAAAAGGGUUAAGCAAUAAGGUUUGGAUCAUUAUUAAUAAGGGAGGGAUCCCCUAAUCCAGGGUUUGGCUUAUUACAUGUUAGUUAACUGAAUCUCCCAAAGUAUCAUUUUAAUCCUUGGAUAAGUACCUCCCCCCUUUGAAAAAAACUUUUCUCUGAUAUAAGUUUAGAUAAAUUGAGCUGAACCUCUCAUUGGAUUUGUGUUGUGACUAUUUCUUGUCAAUUUUUCUGUACAGGACUUGAGUUUGCAUAUUCACAGGCUCCCAGGUGUCUUCAAGGGGUUGUGAUGGGGGCUUUCCUUGUUACAAGUGGUCUUGGAAACUAUGUUGCAAACCUUCUUGUCGUCAUUGUCAAGGAAGCUAGCAAUGGUGAUUGGUAUCCAGUGGACAACCCAAACAAAGGACACUUUGAGUACUUCUUCUUUCUGUUGGCUGGGCUAAUGAUGCUAAAUUUCCUGGUGUUCCUGUACGUUGCCUCCUCCUACAAAUACAAAACUUCCUCCUUGAGGAAUUUUGGAAGAGAGCCGGACAUAGUACAACAAGCUAAAGACAAUCCUCAAGCUUGAAGUCAAUGAGUAUUGUAUCAGUCAAGGCCUUCCACAGUCGAAAUAAUUCUUUUUUUUUUCUUUGUUCUGGCUUUUGUUUUAUGUCUUGUUUUGUUUUCUGGCAGCCAAUCCACACCCUUUUUUGACAUGAAUCCUCUUAGCACAGAGGUACAAGUGCAGAGCUAUUGGGAGGUGGGGGAAGAGGGCUUUUUGAAAGAAAUCAAAAACAAUUUUGUUUCAUUGCAUUGAUUUUUAAUUUAUUAACAACUUUUUUCAUGAGUUGAGAAAUAAACUAGAAAAUGUCUAUGCCAAUUAAUCAUUACUGUUAUAACUUUCCAGUAUUAAGUGAUUUUACUCGUUUGUAUUAACGUUAGAAAAAUCUUCCCUAUUUAGUCGAGAGAACAUUCUUCCAAAAAAACGGGCUCCAAGCCCUCUGAUUUUUUAUGUCACAUGAAGGAAAAAUAUGAUUUUAUGUUUUACAGUCUGAAAGGUCUCUUUUGGAACAGUCAUGGACUGCAAUGUUAGUUGCAAUUGAAUAAAUGUUUCUGAACAAUAUUUUUGUUGUGUUUUAAGUGAUAAAUGAACCAGUUGUGUACUUUGAUUAACUUUUGGUUUUGUUUUGUGACCACAAGGAAGCAAAGCAAUCUUUCGACUGAAAUAGGUGUACCCACUAAAUAAAUUCAGUAACUUCGCUUUAAGCAGCUUUCAAUGAUUUCAUUCGUCGAAAUCGUAAUUAGGUAAAGGGAACAGAAAUCUUAAAGCAGAGACCAAAGUAAAGCAGAAAGCUUUUUAAUUCAGUACAAUAUUUCGGCUUUUCAAGCAGCCUUCUUCGAGAACAGAUCGAUAGAAUUCGCAUUGGAAGGGCAGGGGAGUUGCGUUUUGCAGGGAUGUUUUUGUAAUAUACCCAAAAUAUAAGUUAGUGUAAUGUGAUAUACAAUGUGUAUAAUCAAAGACGAAGUAAAGCACCAAAAUUAUUAAAAGGAGGGGAAAAACAAAUAUUGGCUACCAUCGAAACAUUUCAAGGAGCACUCCUUUUUUUUUCAUUGCGUCUUCAUACAAGUACAAAGUGUCGUCUCUGCUAAGUGACGAGAGUGAGAAGGAACAGGCCUAGGCUGAGCAUGAACUAACUUUUAGUACUCAAUCUACGCGAAGCUGAUUGCUUUAUGUCUGCAUGCCUCAGCUAAACUAAGGGGCAGAGGAGUUCAAUUUGUCUGUAUAGUAGCGCUGAAAGUCUUUACAAAAUACUGUAAGUGGAUUUUUUUAGAUUUCAAGAGACGCACCUAUUUGACAGCCAAUCAACAAGACCGAUUGUGCGAUAAAUUUACUGGAAAUACAGUCAAAGGGGAAUUUACCCAUAUGAUUUAUUUUUAUUCUGUUGCUUUUGGAAAGUUAUAUAUCAGUAUGUCAUGAUUUCGGCCCAUUACGAUUUUGCCUCCAUGUCUACGAGUUCGCCCUAUUAAAUACAAAAAGUUCCCCCCGCCGUAACCAAUUCGCCUGCGAAUUUUUUAAUUUGUUUCCAUGAGGCAGAAUUUGUUCAAUUUCCGACUUAUACAGAUCUUUACCAAGACGAUCAAAUUGUCAGAAUACUAUUUCAAACUCCACAUUUGAACGUGGUUUGUGAGUAAAACUGGCCUUGUUUAUACAUUAAAAUGGUAAUUUCAUGGUAGAAGCACUGACGCGCACAUUAAAAUAAAGUUUUCUUCUUUAUAUCUGUCAAAGCCAUAUGUAUCAGCAAUGAUGGGCUUGGGUAGUAGUAGCUUGAGAAGUUUUUCCCUUUUCUCGUGAAGGCUAGAGCUCUGAGUAAAGUAACAUAAGCCUUCCUGCUAUAAUCAUAACCAUCACAAUUUCCUCAAAUGUGAUUGGUGCAUUAGCUGCUUUAUUUUUCACUAAUCAUUCUGCACAGUUGUAAUCGGACAGUGUAAUCGCACAGUUGACUGCCGACACAAGCGAAGCAAAUUUCAACGACAGCUAUGAGUUUCGCUAACGAAGACACACUAAGAAGCGAGCAUAUAUUUUACGGAAAAGACUUGAAUCGUUUUAUUAGCGUAGUCGAGGUAUCCAAGUACUUAUCGUAAACUGAAAUAUGAAAUUAUAAGGAAGAAGCUAAGCUAAAUUCUAAGAUAAGGACCAACAUUCCAAUCAUUCCGAUAUAUAGGCAAGAUCCCAAAAGACUAGCUAAAACUCUAAAACAAACUCACAAAAAGACCAUCUUAAAAGGAUAAAGGAGAACCGCUUGAAAACGAAUUCUAACAAAACUAAUAACCGAGUGGAAAAAACUUACAGCUUACUAACAAAGCAUGAACAACGUAAGCUACGUGUUACAAGGUUAUAAAGAAACUGGUGUAAAAACUGGGCGAAACUACCGACAAACUAGCUGUUUAGACAAGCACAAAGAAAAGGAAUAUAAGCACUUACGUAACAGUCCCGCUUGUAAGAGUUUGACCAAAACGAACUUCAAGAUAAGGUGGGCAAAAGGGCGUUAGUUAGUUAGUUACUGGCGUAAAAUCUUACAUAUAAACACAACCGAGUGAAAGAAAUAACGCCGUUAGUUACUAGCGUAAAAUCUUUCAUAUAUAUUUCACCGACUGCGUAUCAAAAAAUGGUCCAUUGUUCCGGCUUACCUUUUCCACUAAGCAUCAUAUAAACGUCCUUCUGUAAUUGGUAAUAACUAACGGCGUUAUUUCUUACAGUCAGUAUAUUAUAUACUAUAAGAUUUUACGCUGCUAGUUAACGGCUUAAAAUCUUACAGUAUGAACACCGACGCAGAUAGUGGCGUCAAAUCGUACAAUCUAUCGACUGUAUUAGUCACAUAUUACGCCUUUAUCUAACUACCGGUAAUGUGUGUUUUAUUUUGCAAAUUAUAAGUAUAUUUCCGUUUCGCAAAUUACAGAAAACCGAAUAUAUUAAUACUUGACGACCCAUGAAACGUGGGCAUGCACUUAAAUUGACGUGAAGUUGUUUUGCAAGAAAAGAGUGAAUUUAUGAGGGUAAGUAAUAGAUAUUCCCCCUCAUUUAAUAUUAUAGAACUGCAAAAUACGUUUUCCGCUGCCAAAGACUAGUAGACGGUCAACCUUUGGUUGUUUUUGCGCUCUCGUAUAUUUCAGUAAUAUUAAUUGGUGUUGUUUUCCUUCGCUGAUCAGAAGCAAGGAAAUGCAUGAUCUUCCAGACGCAACCACCCUCCAAGCCAGUCAUUAAGGGCGGUAUUUAGGGCUGUUUGGCUCGCUCUAGCUUACAUGUAAAUCCUUUCCUCGUGACCAGCGAAAUGUAGGACCUUCAGUUUCGAGAGUGGUUUGUUUUGAUGUAGACGCGCGCGUCAUUUCGUUUAGGCGACGGUUAUAAUAGCUGACGAGAAAAUAGAGGAUUGUAAAUUUUUCUUUUUAUUUAUUUUGUGUUUGAGAUGCUGAAUUGUUAAGGAUCGAAGGGACGGGAGCUUUGAAUGACCUGCAAGCAGACAAAACAACAGCCACUACUAUGAGGGUAAAUAAUAGAUAUUCCCCCUCAUUUAAUAUUAUAGAACUGCAAAAUACGUUUUCCGCUGCCAAAGACUAGUAGACGGUCAACCUUUGGUUGUUUUUGCGCUCUCGUAUAUUUCAGUAAUAUUAAUUGGUGUUGUUUUCCUUCGCUGAUCAGAAGCAAGGAAAUGCAUGAUCUUCCAGACGCAACCACCCUCCAAGCCAGUCAUUAAGGGCGGUAUUUAGGGCUGUUUGGCUCGCUCUAGCUUACAUGUAAAUCCUUUCCUCGUGACCAGCGAAAUGUAGGACCUUCAGUUUCGAGAGUGGUUUGUUUUGAUGUAGACGCGCGCGUCAUUUCGUUUAGGCGACGGUUAUAAUAGCUGACGAGAAAAUAGAGGAUUGUAAAUUUUUCUUUUUAUUUAUUUUUGUGUUUGAGAUGCUGAAUUGUUAAGGAUCGAAGGGACGGGAGCUUUGAAUGACCUGCAAGCAGACAAAACAACAGCCACUACUGUACAGUGCGUAAUACCUACUUGUGAGAGGAAGUGAAAGCUUUAUUUGCGCAUAUUGGACACAAUGAAAUUAACAUUUUACUCUUUCAUCAAGAUCAAGAAAAGUGGCAACGCUCCUUUCUACUAUUUAGUAUAUUUAUGCGUCCGUGUGAGGCCUAGCCACAUUAUGAAGAUUCCAGGGCCCGGUAAAUAUCUUGUUUGAGUAAUAUAAUGUCCAAAAAGUAAUAUUUUAUCGAAGACUUUGUGUCAAAACGUAGGACUCUCAGAAUUUUAAUCAAACACAACGCCGUGCAAUUUUCUAGCCGUAUAGGCAAGUAAUCAACGAUCUAAGCAUAAUAAAUUCCAUUUCGUGGGUUUCGUAAGCACGUUUUUCGCCUCUAGAAGAAAAUCAAGAACUAUUUUGAAUAACGCUUCCUUCUCGAGACAUUCCUUGGUCAGUUUCGUUCUGCUUCUUACUUAUAAAUUCCAUGUGAGCAGAGACCUCUUCCUCAUACUGACAAAUUUGCAUCUUCACUUUGAAAUCCGAUCCGCAUAUUUGUCUCCGCACCUGCGAAAAUUUUAUCGAUUUUUAUCUUUUUAUCUACCCCCAAGUAGACAAAACAACAGCCACUACUGUACAGUGCGUAAUACCCAUUUGUAAGAGGAAGUGAAAGCUUUAUUUGCGCAUAUCGGACGCAAUGAAAUUAACAUUUUACUCUUUAAUCAAGAUCAAGAAAAGUAGCAACGCUCCUUUCUACUAUUUAGUAUAUUUAUGUCCGUGUAGGUGUAGGAAUUUUUCUUUUCACAAAAUUACUGCAUAACAAGUUAUUUAAUGGCUUUUUUUCCUGAACGCCCUUCCUUCCCUGGAAAAUUUGAUUGCCCUCAUUAGGCAAGAUGAAGAAAAAUAACAACAUUGCUUCCAGGCAUCACACUUAGUUUAUGUCUGUGUGAUUGUUUUGUUUACUACAUAACAUAACUGAACCCCACUUUAUGCCUUCACAAGAAAUGAUCUAAUAUAAAAAAUAAGCGUCCGCGCGGCCGACUUUCGAUACUUUCAGGUCGGAUUUUCCGUUUCUGUAAAAUGAAAAACGAUCUUUCGGACCUCAAGCGAGGCCCAGCUACAUUUUGAAGAUUCCAGGGCCCGGUAAAUAUCUUGUUUGAGUAAUAAGAUGUCCAAAAAGUAAUGUUUAAUCUAAGACUUUGUGUCAAAACGUAGGACUCUCAGAAUUUUAAUCAAACACAACACCGUGCAAUUUUCUAGUCGUAUAGUCAAGUAAUCAACGAUCUAAGCAUGAUGAAUUCUAUUUCGUGGGUUUCGUAAGCACGUUUUUUGCCUCUAAUAGAAAAUCAAGAACUGUUUUGAAUAACUCUUCCUUCUCGAGACAUUCCUUGGUCAGUUUCGUUCUGCUUCUUAUUUAUAAAUUCCAUGUGAGCAGAGACCUCUUCCUCAUACUGACAAAUUUGCAUCUUCACUUUGAAAUCCGAUCCGCAUAUUUGUCUGCGCACCUGCGAAAGUUUUAUCGAUUUUUAUCUUGUCAUCUACCCACAAGUAGACAAAACAACAGCCACUACUAUACAGCGCUUAAACCCACUGGUAAGAGGAAGUGAAAGCUUUAUUUGCGCAUAUUGAACGCAAUGAAAUUAACACUUUGCUCUUAAAUUAAGAUCAAGAAAAGUAGCUACGCUCCUUUCUACUAUUUGGUAUAUUAAUGCAUCCGUGUAGGUGUGGGAAUUUUUCUUUUCUCAAAAUUACUGCAUAACAAGUUACUUAAUGGAUUUUUUUCCUGAACGCCCUUCCUUCCCUGGAAAAUUUGAUUGCCCCCAUUAGGCAAGAUGAAGAAAAAUAACAACAUUGCUUCCAGGCGUCACACUUAUUUCAUGUCUGUAUGAUUGUUUUGUCUUCCAAGUCACAACAUAACAUUACGUAACCCCAUUUAAUGCCAAAGCAAGAAAUGAUCUAAUAUGAAAAAUCGGCGUCCGCGCGGCCGACUUUCAAUAUUUUCAAGUCGGAUUUUCCAUUUCUGUAGGGAUGCAAAUUGAGGCUGUAAAAUGAAAACCGAUCUUUCGGACCUCAAGCGAGGCCUAGCCACAUUAUGAAGAAAGAUUCACUUUGAAAUCCGAUCCGCAUAUUUGUCUGCGCACCUGUGAAAAAAAUUUACCCAUUUCUGUCUUUUACCUUAUUUUUAGAGUAAAAAACUUAAUAUGCAUCUAUCACUUUUUUCGUUGAAAGUAAGUUAUUUAAAUGGUCUUCUUUCACUGAAGCUUGUCUUUGGGAAAAGAUGAUUUAUAAAAAUUUACUGCGCAUUGUGUUUGCUUUUCCGGUCUCUCCAAAACUUUAACUUUUGGAUAGGCAAGCGUUACACGUAAGUGCCAAUGGGUUAAUGAAUAUUUUGAUCCAUACACUCUUCUUUUCACCCAUUAACUCCAAAGAUCUAAUUGUUAAUCCUCCCUUCCAGCUGCUAUACAUUUCCCUCUUAAUAAGUUACAAGAAUUUGGUGUUAGAUCCAGAUACAACUUCUACUUGAUAAGUUUCAGUAUUCUCGUACAUGUUUGGUGGAUAAUGUUUUGAUAUUAUGGGAAGAAGUUACAUGUUAAUUGCUUUUAGGAGUUAGAGGGCGAAGACUCCUCAAUCUGCAUACAGCUGCCUAUUCAAGCUAAAAAAAGAAAUAAUCAUUCCCAGGUCUUUGUUCCUCUAUCACAUUCUAUGCAUAGUUUCUGUCUCUACCCUAUGCACCUACAUGUAAGACUGCUGUAUAUAGGAGCAACUUUUUAAUCUUUAAAUUUGAAAUGUCUGCCAUAUGCAAAGACAGCUGAGCUUUUAGCUGCAAAGCACUGUGAACUCUAGAAAGUAUAGCUACAUUGUAACUCAUUAAGCCGAGAAAAAGUGAUAUCUAUACCCCGGUUAUAUGGCACUACGAGCACCGUGUGGGGUGAUAAUAAUGGCUAACUAGAUGUGCAACCUUAGGAGGAAUGGAAUACAUUGAAAUACAGUUAACAUUGUCAAAAUAAAUGGUGGCUAUAAAAUUUGGAUGGAUCUACAUGGUAAACCUAUACAUCCUAAUAUCAGUAUCUAUAUUCUCUAUUAACCCUUCUCUACGCAUUUCCUUUGGUACCAACAAUUUGGGUAACAAUGAAAGCUUUUAAACUUGAAAAUAAUUUUCUUUGUUUUUAUGAUCUUAAACGAGAAAUUACGUUCUGGUUUACAGGGUUAUGGAACUUAAAGUCUACUGUGUAUAUUUCAGAAAUAUUGUCAUCGCUUAUCUGACUCUUCAGUAUGUCGCUGGAAGCAAGUGCUGAAGAUGUGAAUUCUCCACUUAUCCCAGGUGAUAACAGAAGCCCUUCAGCUUCCACUGAGUACAGGGCUAACUCACUGGUUAAUAAUCGUCAGCUGGGACGUCGCCAAAAGUUCUUCGUCAUCAGCUGCAUUCUUGUCACAGAGCUAUGUGAAUGUUUGACCUUUUAUGGAUUGACAGCUAACUUGCUGUUAUUUGCAAGCAAUGAAUUAGAUCUUAAUUCACCCUGGCCCUCCACUAUUAAUUAUUUGUUUCAUGGUUAGUAGGAAGUCUUCACAUGUACAUCUGAAUAAACAGUCCAAAUAAAAUUAACUGCCGGUAAAAGCAUAAGUUCACAAGUGAAAGAAUGUUAUAGUAAAUAUAAGAUAUGUUGUGUAGUGGUAAUAAUAUAAACUGCAAUCAAUCUUUAGUACGUAUGAUUACUUUGCUCCAGGGCAAAAUUGUGUUCAAAUGCCCCUCCUAAGUUCUUUGCAAAAGGCAAAAUCAGUGACCAUGACUUUCUAGACAUUGACCAAGCUUUAAAACCUUGACCUUGUAGACCUUUUCUUCUGAGCCAUUCCCUGACAAAAGUGAAAUAUUAACUUUUAAAAUCUCCAUGUUUUAAGAUAUAACACUUGUAUUCCUCUGGAAAGACCUAGCUUUACUGCCUUAAAUUCCCCACCACAGCUAGGCAGGGUUCAAAUUCCCCACCUCCGGGCAUUCAUGUAGGUGACAGUCAAAUGUCGGUGGGUUGCUUGGGGGAAGGAAUGUUGAAACUUUGAAUUGAUUGGCCGAUUUCAAAGAUGAUGGGGAGAAUGAAAAAAAAUCUCAACAUUUUUUCCAUUGUAUUGAGGAGAGAAUUCUUCCUCUUUAUAACAUGGAUGUAAUUUUAGUCUUGAUUUUUUGCCACUCUCUAGGAACAUGUUACCUUGUGCCUUUGUUAGGAGGAUGGUUGGCUGAUACCUACAUGGGUAGAUUCAACACCAUUUACGGAAGUUUGCUCUUGUAUGUUGUGGGAACUUUACUUUUGGCUGUUGUUUCCUUGAAAAAUGACAUGCUCAAAGAACUACUGGGCAAAAAUGCAGCUCAUGAUAAAGCAGCAAGAUUAGUGUAUUUUGUGUUGGCUCUGGUAAUGAUAGCAUUUGGGACAGGGGGAAUCAAAGCCAAUGUGUCACCUUUUGGGGCAGAUCAGAUUCAACAGGAUGGUCCCAGAGCUGUCCAGGCUUUCUUUAACUGGUUUUACUGGUGUAUCAAUGUUGGAUCAUUGAUAGCUUUUACUGUUGUUGUAUGGGUUCAACAGAAUAAUUUUUUCUACGGCUAUGCCAUCACUGCUGGGACCAUGUUCCUUACAGUUCUCGCAUUUCUUACGGGUCGCAACAAGUACUUAACAAAGCCACCUGGAGGUAGCCAGCUGACUGAAAUUACAAAAAUAUUGUGCGAGGCGAGGCGAAAUCGCAAACAGAACACUGGUGGUUGGCUUGAUGGAGCAAAGAGCGCGUUUGGAGGAAAAUUUACACAUGCUCAGGUUGAAGAUGUCAAGUCAUUUCUGAGAGUCAUCGCAGUGUUCUUUCUCUUUAUUCUUUACUGGACAAUUUCUUCUCAGGUAAGUUUUGGUGUUAGGUUUCUUUUAAUUCCAUGUGGGUUGGGUGUGGCAAGGGUCUAUUACCUUUCCCAGUUACACCCCAAAAACCUCACCGAGGAAUCUUUAGCCAGUACCUGCUCUCUUGUUCUGUCCCUUCCCUUCCCUAUAUCAACUUGCUUUAAGAAGCUCUCUUAAGCUUUUAACUGCCAAAAGUGACCAACAUGUUCUUGACAAAGACUAGCAGUUCAGUGGUCAAAACGUCCCUUAUCAAUACACGAUUGAUUAGCUUGUAUCUUACGUUGUGAGACAAACAAUUAAGCAUCCGUUUAUUAUAUACUUAACUAAAAAGAACAACAUAAUUUUCUAUAGCAUUUUAAGGAUUGAAUUACACUCUCCAUUAGACAGUUGCAAUCAUUGUUUAGACAAAUUUUGAAAACACUAUUAAUAUUGUUUUAUUAAAAUUCAUCGUUGUUUUGCUUGAACUUUUUAAUUUCAACUUAAAUACACACAUAUAUUUUAUCACCUUUCCCAGAUGCAGACUACGUUCCUUAUCCAGGGUACCUUCAUGAAUCUGAAAUCGUCAAACUUCACUGUACCGGCAGCUUCCUUGUCCAUAUUUUGUACUGUUGCGGUUCUUACACUUAUUCCUCUCAUGGAUAAUGUUUUGUAUCCUUUUGUGCGCUACCUUGGCUUUAACUUCACUCCUCUGCGACGUAUUGGUGUGGGUAUGUUGCUGGCAGCAGCUUCCGUGGCAGUAGCAGGAGUGAUUGAAAUACAACGAAGGAAUGAAUGGCUUCAUGGUGGCAUUUGUCGGCAAAAAGUUUUGGAUGAUUACCGCAGUGCUUCAUGUUUAAGUAUAUUUUGGCAAGUCCCCCAGUUUGUAUUGAUUGGUGUCAGUGAAGUUUUUACAAGUGUCACAGGUAUGCAGAAGCCACACAGGGAAGCAAACAGUCUUUAAAAAGUUUUAAAAGAAUUUCUUUUAACCAAGGUUGUACUAAACUCCUCAAUUCCUAUGAUGUGAUAAGAAAUAUUUCUCACCUUGACCAAUAAGAGAUCUUCCUUUAAUUAAUUUGGAGCAUAUUGUUGGCAUUUUAUUCAAAUCAUGACUAAAUGUAAUUAUUAUGUUCCUGUUAAACCUUGGUAGUAAUCUAUUGUGAUCCUAAAUUUUCAAACUUUUCACCCAAUACAUUGAAACUUUACCCUCAAAAAUUGAUUCAAACCAGGAGAACAUUUUGCUAAUUUAUAAAUUGCCAGCAGGAAGCAAGCGUUAUACAUUUGUAUCUUUAAAUAUCCAGGUGUUCUAGGAGGUAAAUAGGUCAGUUUGCUAAGAGAAUGACUCAGAAGAAAAGGUCUACAAGGUCUGCGUUUUAAAGCUUGGCUGAUUUGUAUAAAAAAGUGCCAAAAAUUCCAAAAAAAAUUGGGUGUGUGGCAUUUGAACACUUUUUUUUUGCUAGGUGGGUGCGAAUUUGAGCAAACCAAUCUAGGAGUGGGGGGGGGGGGGGGGGGUGUCGACGAUUCAAACUGAUCGAUGCAUAAAACCCAAGCCAAUUCACAAUUAUCAGCUUACAAACUGGAGUAAACCCUUUUCUUCAUAAAAUAUUAUAGUAUUAAUGAUAAGUGUGGUUGACUGCAGUUGUACUUGUUGAUUGCUUGUAAGAAGAAUAUGUUAAAUGAUCCUUAAAUCAGCCCACAUUCAACACAGUUUGAGUUAAUUGCUUUUUCCCUACUGCACUUUCACCCUUUUAUUCCGAAGAUCUGAAUUUUAAUUCUCCCCUCUAGCUGCUUAACAUUUCCUUGUUAAAGAAUUCUAAGAAUUUGGUGUUAGAUCUAAAUAACAACUUUUACUAGUCAUUAAUAAGUUUGAGUAUGCUCAUUUUCUGUUAGCUGCAAAAUGUUUAGAUAUCUCAAGGAGAAGUUGAAUUUUAAUCAUUUCUGGGAGGUAACCCUUUAACUACCACAAGUGACCAAGACAGACUUUCUCCUUACAAAAUCAAUACAAUAUCAACCAAAUAAGUAAUGAGAAUAAAGGAAAAUAUCAAUUUGCAGAUAAUUAGUUGAUUCAAUGCUAAAUUCUCUUAACUAACGUUAUAAGAAUCAUAUGGUUGACAGUAAGGAGAAUUACAAAUUUGAUAUUGGAGUUAAAGGGUUCAUUAAAAGGGUUAAGCAAUAAGGUUUGGAUCAUUAUUAAUAAGGGAGGGAUCCCCUAAUCCAGGGUUUGGCUUAUUACAUUUUAGUUAACUGAAUCAGUCCCAAAGUAACAUUUUAAUCCUUGGAUAAGUACCUCCCCCUUUAAAAAAAGUUUCUCUCCGAUAUAAAUUUAGAUAAUUUAAGCUGAACCUCUCAUUGGAUUUGUGUUGUGACUGUUUCUUGUCAAUUUUUCUGUACAGGACUUGAGUUUGCAUAUUCACAGGCUCCCAGUUGUCUUCAAGGAGUUUUAAUGGGGGCUUUCCUUGUUACAAGUGGUCUUGGAAAUUAUGUUGCAAACCUUCUUGUCGUCAUCGUCAAGGUAGCUAGCAAUGGUGAUUGGUAUCCAGUGGACGACCCAAACCAUGGACACUUUGAGUACUUCUUCUUUCUGUUGGCUGGGCUGAUGAUGCUAAAUUUCCUGGUGUUCCUGUACGUUGCCUCCUCCUACAAAUACAAAACUUCCUCUGGGAGGAAUUUUUGA